AUGGGCAUCUGGAGGAGGCACGGACAAAAGCCGACGCCGCUGCGAGGCACCCGGCGCAAGGCAUCUCAAGCGCCACCACCACAGGAAGAUGAAAAUCCGCAAGAGUUCGUCACCAAGCGCUACAGAUACGCGUCUCUCCUGCGACAAUGCGACAGCCUCGAGCAAGGCAAAACCAUCCACGAGCAAAUGAGCAAGGAUGGCUACGCCAGAGAGACGUACCUGGGAAACCUCUUGGUGGACAUGUAUGGCAAGUGUGGCAGCCUCCGAGACGCCGAGGCCGCGUUCCACACCAUCCGCGAGAGGAACCUCUUCACCUGGACCAUCGCCAUGACGGCAUUUGCCCAGAACGGGGACCCGCGGCAAGCCAUCCACCUCUUCCAGGCAAUGUGCCUCGACGGCGUGGAGCUCGACCGGGUGGCAUUCGCGACGGCGGUGGGGGCGUGCUCCAGCCUGGGGGAUCUCCACACCGGGCGCUCUCUCCACUCCACCAUCGCCACCUCCAGCUUCCAGUCGGACGCGGUGCUCAGAGUCUCGCUCAUCAACAUGUACGCCAAGGCCGGGGAGUUCGCGCUGGCGGAAGAUCUCUUCCAGCGCCUGAAGCCCAAGAACGCUGUCGCCUACACCGCCUUGAUCGCGGCAUACUCCCAGUUUAAGAUGGGCCGCGAAGCUCUGGGACUCUACCGAGCCAUGCACCUGGAAGGAGUUGCGCCAGACAAGGUGGCGAUGCUGAGCGCUCUCGGUGCUUGCGCGAGCGAACCCGACGGUCGGGCGAUCCACGCCUGUAUCACCUGCUGUGGCUCCGACGGGGACGACACCGUCGCCAGCGCGCUCGUCAGCAUGUAUGGCCGCUUCCAGAUGCUCGAGAGUGCGAAGAGUGUCUUCUUCCACCGCCGGGUUCCGCGAUCCAGUGUCGAGCUCUGGAACUCGAUGAUCUCCGCGUACGUCCAGAGCGGGCACCACCGGGAGGCUCUCGAGCUCUUCGAGAAGAUGGAGCUGGAAGGAGUGGCUCCGGACGUGGUCACCAUCGUUGAGAUCCUGGGAGUGUGCUCGGUGCUCCGCAAGCUGGACAAGGCGAGGAUGAUCCACGCGCAGCUGCGAGCGAGGGUGGAUGCGGACACUGCCGUGGUCGACUCGCUGCUCAAUGUGUACCGCGAGUGCCGGAGUCUAGAGGACGCGGUAACAGUUUUCCGGGAGGAAGCUGGCGGUGCUCGAGACUGCGUUGCCUGGAACACGAUGAUCGCCGCUUAUGCCGAGUGUGGCGAUCCCGGGAUGGCCUUGAAGCUGUUUACGUUGAUGGAUCUUCACGGCGUGGAGCCGACGGAAGUGACGUACGUAGCGGUGCUGGGAGCGGCUAGCAGCCUCGGAGCUCUCACCCGUGGUGCUUCGCUCCACCACCGGAUUCGCAGCUGCGGCCUUGACGAGCUUCCUUUUGUGAGCAACAGCCUGAUGCAGUUUUACGGCUCCUGUGGACGUCUCAGCUCCGCCACCGCCGUUUUCCACUCCUUGGAACGCAGGGACGAGGUGUCGUGGAACACCAUCAUGGGGCUUUACACCCAGCACGGAUGCUGCGACACGGCCCUGGCGGUCUUCCACGGCAUGGAGCUCGAAGGCGUGAGAGCGAACGUCAUAACGCUCACCAACGUUGUCACUGCCUGUACUGUCACCGGCGACGCGGCCAUAGGCAAGUCCAUCCACGCGAGAGUUUUGUCCAUGGGACUGGAGCACCACUCGGCCGUCGGGAGCGCUCUGGUGGCCAUGUACGGGAAGUUUGGAAUGUUGGACCGAGCAGUGUCUUGCUUCAACGACAUCUCCGCCAAGAACACCGUCUCGUGGAACGCACUGAUGACGGGCUUUGCUCAGCAAGGACAGUCGGUGGAGACGGUCCAGCUCAGUCGUGCAAUGCAGCUGCAAGGCAUGGAGUCGGACGGUGCCACUUAUCUCGUGGUGCUCUUCGCUUGCAGCCACGGAGGUCUGGUCGAGGAAGCGCUGUCAUGUUUCUCCAACUUGGUCGAGGAUGGCAGCGUUUCGGUGAAUGACGAGCACUAUGGAUGCUUGAUUGAUCUUCUGGCCCGUGCUGGAUGGCUGGACCGGGCCGAGGAUCUCUUCCGGAGCAUGCCGUUCGAGCCCGACUCGACGUCUUGGAUGAGCCUGGUUGGCGCUUGCAAGCUCCAUGGAGACGCUGGCAGAGGUAACAGCGUUCCUGGGAUUGAUGACGCUAGCAGAGCAGCACCGUAUGUGGUUGUGUCCAACAUGCUAACGUGA